CUCUGGCCACCAUGACUCUCCGCGAUUAGUCCAAAAACCCGUUCGACGUGUAAUCUAGAGGUAUCAUACUAUCACGCCGUGAUCGCCCACUGUGCGCAGCAUGCUCGAGCUAUUACAGGCUUUCACAGGCUACCCGACCACCGGUCUUCAGUUUCUCGUCUUGCAGAGCGAGACGCUCCUGCUAUAUCCUUACUCUGACUGUAUCAUCAUCCUGAAUGCACGCACUCUUACGUUCUUGCGCGCCCUGGCGUUUCGGGAGGCUUUCCCCGGCACACGGCAUUCUAAUGAUUCUAUACGAUGUCUUGCCAUCGAUCCUGGAAUGAAGCUCGUGGUUGCGUCGAUGGGGUCACGGAUCGCUACCUGGACUCUGUCCAACACAGGGUCGUCCCAGCCACAGAACUCUUGGCGGCUGCAUGCGACGUUGCUUGUUUCAGAGGAUCAGGAAGUGACCGCUCUGGAUUGCAAAUCCGGUCUGCUCGCUGUCAGCACGCGCGCCAGUUUGUCCGUCUAUACACUAAUUCUAGAGAACGACCUGCCAACUUGGUCAUGCAAGUGGACAUAUAGCGCGAAAUGCCCAAUCUGCGUGCGUUUUUCGCCAUCCCUCAUGUACAUUGCUGCAAUAUCAUUGCAUGACAAUACUGUCCGCCUCCAUUCGACGACCUCUGGCCGCCUCACACAAGCCAUACCCCAUCCCCGUCCUGUGACGGACAUCCAUUGGCGGCAGCCGACACCUACACACUCCCAUGCACAUGGCCAUAGUGAUGACCCAAUUCUGUACACAACAACGGCCGAUGGGACGUUGCGUAUCUUUCUUCCUGUGCUGGAUGAGCCUCAGCGCGUCCAACUGCAUGCUGCCCUUGAUGCUGCGAGUGCAGUGCCUUUCUCGUCCUCACUGGAUGCCGAUGUGGCAAUCACGACGAGCGCGGUGUUCCCACUUGAGAGAGGUGCUGUGCUGAGCGCAUUGAAGGGUGCCAGCGGGGAGACUGCGAAGGAAGAUGGACGGAGCAGAAGAGUGAGAGAGAUCGCCGAAGAAGGUUGGGACUUAUUUCUGCGUGUGCUUGCAGAUGGGUCACUUGUCGUGCAAGCGGUUGCAAACAUCGACCGUCGUCCACCGACACUUCUGAGGCAUUUCACACUCCUACAGUCCGCACCAGGUCUUUUACCCUCCCCGCCGCCAUCGCAUCUCUACGUACUUUCCUUACAACCCUAUUCUGCCCCCGUCUCUGAGGCCUCCUCCAAAUCGACUGCCGUCUCUACCCCGACAAAUUCUUCUUCCACUACCCCCAACGAACUGAUCCUCAUCGCUUCCCCACCCCUUGCCUCCUAUUCUCUCGCUCCGAUUCCAUUCUUUGAUGCGCGUGCGGAUGGGCUCACGCCCAUCUCACGUGCUGCAGAUCAAGAAAGAGAAGUGGAUGUCGACGUAGGUGGUGCUUCUUUCAGCACUAGCAUGCGACGAAGAGAAGUUUUGCGAUUUGUCAGAACACCGGAGGGGGAAGGUGUUGCGGCAGUAUGGGCUGAUGGAGGCGGCGAAACAUGUCGCGUGACCCACCAUGGGCGACGUUUGGAGCCUAGGGGAAAAUGGAUCCCAGAGUCGGAGGAUAGCAAGGGCAAGGUGGAAAGAGUAGCCGUGCUCGACGAGGGCAGGUGUUUUGUCACAUAUUCGUGCCUGUCCGAGUCCGACACACGAAGGGGUGUUCUCACCCUACAUACUUCUCCACCCGCAAUGUUAACUGUUCCUCCAUUGACCUCGCUCUUCUGUCUUCCGCUGCAGAGCACCCCUUUGGCCAUCCCUUCCUCCUCCGCUGUCACUCCACCACUUGCUCUUGUUGGCAUCACUGCGGCACAAACUAUUCUCGUGGUCUCUGUCGCCUACGCUCCUGAGCCGCGGCUAUCGUUGUUCUCGGAGAGUUCUCUCCCCAUAUCAUCGUCUGCGCGACUGAUAUCGCCAGUCGACCCAAUGGCAUGGAGUGGAACAUUUGCCGGUGCGGCGAGUAACGAACCCCACGAUGUUCUACUAAGUGUGUCCGAGGAGGGUGAGUUGGCGUUUUGGGUACCAGAGGCUGCCAUGGGUCGCUGUGCAAACGGCAAAACAAACGGUACGAAUGGUCGCGUCAAUGGGAGUGGGGCCACAACGCCAUCACACUGGCAUUGUACGGGCCGAGUGAGGACGGGAAGGAAAGGCAUGAGCAAGGCGGCAUGUAGCUCGGCGAAAAAGUCUGUGCUAGUUGUGCCUGGACCUGAAGGCGAGGAGCUGACAAUCUGGGACUCAAAAAUAUCCGAAUUUUCUUCUGGCUUAGAGUAUCGUGAGGUGCUCAGCUCUUCCGACCCAAUCAACGACCUUGACUGGACCGCAACACCUGACUCUCAAUCAAUCCUUGCCAUCGGUUUUGCCCAUCGAGUUGAGCUUUUGUGCCAGCAACGCAUGACGUACUUCGAUGAAACACCUGCGUGGGGCCGUUGUUGGACAGUCGACGUUGGCAGAUUGUUCCCUCAUCCAAUCAGUGACUCCAUAUGGCUGACUAGAGGUUCGCUACUUGUCGGAUCGGGUCAUAUACUAUGUCUUUUCGGUCAGCCGAAGUCUCCGCCAAGCGAAACGCAGAGGCCGGAGAGCCUAUUCGAGCACGUGGCUCGAGAGAAUGGCCCUCUGUUUGAAUACCAUCCUCAGAUGAUACUACAAUGCUUGCUUUGGGAGAAAAUCGAGCUUGUCAAAAAGAUCAUCAUAAAUCUGGCGAAGAAUCUUGAAAACGGUCGGGAUGUCGUACAUUGGAAAGGCGUCCCACUGGAUGAAUUCUUCCGGAAGGACGAGGUAGUCAAAGCAAUACAUGUGCCGCGACGAUCCCGGUACAACGUGUUGUUCAGUGUUCCAGAGGUUAAGGAUGAAAACGAUGAGGAUCAGUUCUCCCGCUCGCUGGUUGAAAAAGUCAUGGAGAACCUCGGAGAACAGCCGUUGCCCAAUUUGACGCCAAACGAGCAGGCAUCGCUUCUCGUGUUGAUACAGGCUACUUUAGAGAUCGAAGAACAACGUCGCGCGCUCGACGCGAACGGCCUGCGUUAUCUUAUUUCCAUGCGGGUAUUUUACAUCACUCGUCACCGCAUGUCCACACCUGGUACUCCGGCAUCCAUCCGCAGUGGUACCGUUAGCAAGCGCAUUCUCCCGCGCGAACGCCUUCGGUAUCGCGAUAUCAUCUGGGCCUUUCACAGCGAAAGCCAGGAGCUCUUGCUGUCGACGUCUAUGUCCGCAUGCGGUGGCAAGAUGACUUGGUCCGACGCGCGCGCUCUGGGCGUAUUCUUAUGGAUGCGUUCUGCAGAGUCCAUGAAAUCUCACAUGGAAGUGCUGGCUCGCAAUCAAUACAUGGCAGGGGACAACCGCGAUCCCACGGCAUGCAGUCUUUUCUAUUUCGCUUUGGGCAAGUCCAAACUUGUUCAUGGUCUAUGGCGUCAGGCCGCGUGGCAUAAGGAGCAGGCACAGAUGCUCAAGUUCCUAAGCAACGACUUCACCCAGCCUCGAUGGCGUACGGCUGCUUUGAAGAACGCCUUUGCGCUUUUAAGCAAGCGUCGUUUCGAAUACGCCGCUGCCUUCUUCCUUUUGGGAAACAGCUUAAAGGACGCGGUGAACGUGUGUAUCAGGAAUCUCUCAGAUUUCCAGCUGGCGGUCGCAUUGGCACGCGUAAUCGAACAGGGAAAUCAUGGCCCUGUACUCAAGGAAAUCCUAGAAAACACAGUCGUACCUUUGGCUUUCCAAGACGGGAAUCGCUGGCUGGCUAGCUGGGCUUUCUGGCUAUUGCAUCGGCGAGAUCUUGCUGUACGGAUACUGGUGACGCCGCUGGAGGACAUCGCAGCCGUAUUGGAGGUGCAGAUUCCCGAGAUCGGCGAGCCUCACUACGAUGAUCCCAGCCUGGCACUGCUCUUCUCUCAGCUGAAAUCGCGAACGCUUCAGACAGCCAAGGGCACGAGCGAAAUAUCGGGGCGCACGGAGUUCAACUUUGUGCUCCAAAUCGCACGCGUCUUCUGCAGAAUGGGCUGCCACGUCCUGGCUCUCGACCUCGUCCGUACAUGGUCCUUCGAGCGACCGUCCACCAUUACCCAUGACGGGCCGCUCGCGCGGCCGCCCAGCCCGGUCUCCACGCGGUUCGCACUGGAGCCCGCCCUUCGCCGGCGUUCGUCCAUCUUCAUCGAUAUGGACCCCGUCAGCGCGCCGCCCACGCGCAAACCGUCGCCCGAGCGCAAGGCUGUUCCUCCGUUAAAGCCACUCGAAGAAGAGCUCCGGGAAGAGCCGGAUCUCAUUGCGCGCAAGGCGGGCCUGGGCAGCUUGAUGAAGUCUGCGAAGCAGGAUGUGCAGGUGCCGGAGUUCGAUAUGAAUGCUUUCUUUUGAUCCGGGUAUUUUAACGCAGAGAGCAAUGAGGGUGAGGGUCACGUUUUCGCGUGGUAAUUAUUCUAUCAGUUUGCAUGUUCGACUGGAGCAAUGUGCACAAGUACCUUUUCGCAGGAAUUGGACUGAUGAGAAAUGCGCAGAAGGCGG